AUGAACACCAAACUCAUUCUGACGUUACGGCGAGCCAAGGCAGCGCGUGGUGACAUGGCACAAGGCAAGGGAAAGAAAGGGGACAAGAUCACUGAAAAGAUCGUCGGGGUGGUAACCGCGUUCAUUGUUUUGGAGUUUCCUUCACUUGUAGCCAACGCUGCUCUGUUGAUUGAAGUAAAAUCGAAUCCUGGGGUACCACCAUCAGCAGCCGCAGACAUUGCAUCGAGGUUGUGUUAUGUAUUGUCGGCUACAAACUCGUUCAUCAACUUUUUCAUUUACUGUCUAGCUGGGGAGAAGUUCCGUCGUCAGGUCCUGUGCCUGCUUGGUUGUGCUAAGCCUUCUAUGUCUGGCCCGGCAUCGGUGUCAACGGUCUCUUCUAAUGCCCCAAAUGGAACAAAAUCGGGCUCGCAGAUGCCACAAAACGGAAACUCCAUAAUGAACGAGGAAAGAAGGAUAUAG